ACGACUAAAGCGAAUCGCCUAAGAGAGCAGGGCAGGGGUCCGGGUCCUCCCACCGCUAUGAACUGCACCAUCGAGAAGAUCCUGACAGACGCCAAGACACUGCUGGAAAGGCUGCGGGAGCAUGAUGCGGCAGCCGAGUCGCUGGUGGAUCAGUCGGCCGCGCUGCACCGGAGGGUGGCCGCUAUGCGGGAGGCGGGGACAGCGCUUCCGGACCAGUAUCAAGAAGAUGCAUCCGACGUGAAGGACAUGUCUAGAUACAAGCCUCACAUUCUGCUGUCUCAAGAGAACACACAGAUUAGAGAUUUGCAGCAGGAAAACAGAGAGCUGUGGGUUUCUUUGGAGGAACAUCAGGAUGCUUUGGAACUCAUCAUGAGCAAAUACCGGAAACAGAUGUUACAAUUAAUGGUUGCAAAAAAAGCAGUGGAUGCUGAACCAGUUCUGAAAGCUCAUCAGUCUCACUCUGCAGAAAUUGAAAGUCAGAUUGAUAGAAUCUGUGAGAUGGGAGAAGUGAUGAGGAAAGCAGUUCAGGUGGAUGAUGAUCAGUUUUGUAAAAUUCAGGAAAAACUAGCACAAUUGGAGCUUGAAAAUAAAGAACUUCGAGAAUUAUUGUCCAUCAGCAGUGAAUCUCUUCAGGUCAGAAAGGAAAACUCAGUGGACACUGCUUCCCAACCCAUCAAAUAACUGAACUUCCAAAUGAUGGCCGAAGAUUGUCUAUCUAGGAAGGAAUUUAUGUUUCCACCUAAGUAUUGUCCAUCCAGUGUCUUGCCUCACACUUGAUUUAGUGUUGAUUAUAGAUAUCAGGCAGCAGUUUAGAAUUCCUAGUCAAUGUUGGUGUCCACAAAAUAGUUUUGGAGUAUAUUGUGAGAAUAUACACUGAGUUUCACCAUUCCUUUCUCUGCAAGACUACUUUUAAAUUUCACUUCUGGGACCUCAAUUUAUAUAAACUGUUUUCUUUUUUGUUUUCAUAUCUCUGAAACUUUGAGCAUUUUAUUAUAAGCCAGUUCUUUUAUCUUAUAGAGGAUCAUAAAAUACGCUUCUAAGGAUUUUUAAGAGAUUUAACUUUUUAAAUCUUUUUGGCAUAAACCUGGAUUUUUUUUCUGUUUGACAAAAGUAACUUGAUUCCACAGAAUUAGAUUGGCAGAUUCUCUGAUUUGUAAUGUCAUUCACCUGUGAAGUUUUGAUUCUCUCUGGUGCUAGGAGUUGGCACUUUGUGGUUGGGUGUCUUUACUCUUAAUUUGAGAGAACCUACUGCUAGAUCCCAGGAAAUAUACUUGAAACUAAAUAAGCCAACUAUUUUCCCCCCACAGUGGUAAUAUAUAGUCAUAUCAUUCAACAAAUGCUGAGGAAUUUGUCCUGUGUAUGUGCACUCACACGUGUCCUUUGUUGAAAUGCCAAAAUGUAGCUUUUAUUUAUUUAUUUAAGUAUAAGUAGUCAGUUUUCAAUUUUGUCCAGCUAGGAAACCCUCAACUUAGGUAGUUUAUCUAGGGUGAAGAGCAUAUCAUGUAUUUAUCUAUAUCAUAGUUCUUACAUACUAUAUUCUAUUUAAUUUAUAUAACUUUUAUUUUAUAGUUAAGAACCACCACCUACUUGGAUGUCUCAUUAUUAGCACUGGUAUUUGGCUCUUUUUACAUGUUUUUUUUUACAUCAAUGCAUUUUAAUUACUUAAGAAGAGUCAGGGGGCUUGGCAUAUAGCUCAGUUGGUAGAGUGCUCACCUGGCAUGCACAAGGCCCUGGGUUCAAUCCCUGGCACCACCAAAAAAAAAAAAAAAAGAAGAGUCAUUACAUUCAUAUUGCUGUGUAAGCAACAACAAAGCGACCUUCAGAUUUAAAUUCUGAGUAGUCAACCAGGUUCACUCAUUAACUCAUUCCUGUUUUAGUUCAGUCACAUUUCAAAUUUCUAAAUUACUUUGUUAUACUAUCUAUUUAGAUUUGCCCCCAAAUGGUUCAAAUAAACCUAUCAGUAUUUUCCAGUAUCCUUAAACAUCAUAGUACUGCACGGGAUAGACACAGUAUUAAAGAGUUAUUUGCUAGUGCUUUGUGUGAUGUAAAGUUUCACUUGUACUGCUCUAAAGAACUAACUCCAGAUAAAAUUUUUUAAAUCUCCCCAAAAAUGUCUUAAAAGCAUCCAGUUCCAGUAAUGGCAAUGUACUGUGUAGAUUACUGGGCAUUAAUGAACAGAUAGAUGUUAUUUUAGAAUUUGUCAAAUUUCUUUUCACUGUCAUGUAGAGAAUUUGACUGGAAAACACUUCCACCCCCCCAAGUGUGUGCAUAUUUAUUUCAUUUUCCAAGGGUAAGUAAACUUUUAGUUCAGCUAUUUGCCUUGAAGUAAACCCUGAGUGAUUUGUAAGUGAAGUAAGCCCCAAGUACCCUAAGUGUAUCACAGGUCCAUUUAGGAGGUAGGUAUCCUGAACCUGAACCUUUGUCAGCUGCCAUGCCCAAGUUUUCUUGAAAAUGAUAAAGUUAUCAAGUAGUUCAUUAAGAUAUAAAUAUAGUAUCCCUUGCCUUUUGUUCUUUUAGAGCAGUUUAUGAAAUUCUUUACAUCGCAGGUUUCUGGAUAAAUCUAUAUGUUAACUUUUCUCCUGGGAAAUCAAAACCUUGAUGUCCAGUGACUCAGGAGGCUGAGGUGAAAGGAUUGCAAAUUCAAGGCCCCAAUAACUUAGUGAGAUGCCAUCUCAAAAUAAAAAGGGCUAGGGAUGUAGCGAAGUGGUAAAGUGCCCCUGGGUUCAAGCCCCAGUAGCACCCUCCUCAAAAAAAGUUUUUGCUUUUCAUGUGAGUAUAAAGAGUUUUCAGUGCCCUACAUAUAAAUUCUGGCUGGUGUUAGUUCUAUAAAGGUAAUGUAUAGUUAGAAAAUUAAAUGGAGAAGGAAUGCUCUUCACUUUCAGUAAAUAUUAAUGUCUUGCAAUAGAUGGAGGAACUUGACUGGUUUGCAAAAUUUCAGAAUAAAAUUAUCUUUUCUAGUGAAAACCUAUUUUUGAGAAGAUAAGCCAGUUUUACUCAGUAUUGAAUGUCGUUGUUAGGAAGUGCAGAGGGUUUUUGUUUCAUAUAUAUAUAGCAACCUUGUCAAGUAGUCUUGACAAAGGUUUUGUAAAUAAUUUGUAAUUAGCUAGGAAUGGUGGUGUACUCCUGUAAUCCCAGGGACUCAGGAGCCAGAAGCAGGAAGAUCACAAGUUUAAGGGCAGCCUGGGCAACUUAGUGACAACCUGUCUUAAAAUAAAAAAUAAAAAAGGGCUUGGAGAUGUAGCUCAGUGGUAGAGGCCACUGGGUUCAUUCCCUAGUACUGGGGGAAAAAUCAUAAAUGUCCUAUAAUUAGCAUAAUAUAUUCAUCAAGGUAUAAUAGUAUCAUAUUAAUAAGGUAUUAAUUACAGUAGUACCUUAUGUGUAUUCAAACAUUGAAGUUAUAUUUCAAUAUUCUUCAAAGUGUGGCUCACUGACCUGCUAAAAUAGAAAUUUGAGGAUGGGAUCCAGGAAUUUGUAUUUUAAUAAUCAUCCUGAAUAACUCAUAAAGAUAGAAGUUUAAGAAUAUGUAGUCUGUAUGCAAAGCAUUUCAUUAGGAGUUGUGAGUUGAAAAAGGCCUUGACAUUUUCUGAAGAAAAGAAUGGUAAGGGAAGAAUAGCAAGCAUACAUAUAAUGCAACAUGAUAAAUUCAAUAUAAAUAUGUAUAGGAAACAGGAAGGACUAUUUAAACUUAAGAAUCUAGUUGAGAAAAAAUGACUAGGAGGAGAACCAGAAAACCUUGGUGUCACAGAAGCAAAGUACAGAUGGUAUUGCCAAUAAUAACUACCAUUUAUUGAAUGCUUUACUGUGUGUCAGGUACUGGUAUAUAAUCUCCAUAUCAACUGUACCUCAUUUUAUAGCUAGUCAGGCAUAAGGAAGUUAUUUUUCCAGAUUGGAACCAAGAUGCAGACUAGGCACUUUUAAAUACAUUUCUUUGUUUUAUUCAAAUACAGUCUUAACCACCAAGUUAAGGUACCUUAAAGUGUGAAAUAUUGUACAGUUUAUGGUUCUUGAUUAGCAAAAUCAAUUUUUAUUAAUAGGGCAAAAGAAACCGACUGCUUAUACAUUAGAAAAUAAAUGAAUUCAAUAAAUAGAGUCAACUAAUGAGAUACAACUAUUAUCUGUUUUCCAGAAUGGCAUAGCUGAGAGUACAUGUGCUUGUAACUGAAAGGAGCAAUGCUUAAUUGGUGGUUCUUACCAUAUACAGGAAGGGUGCAACUCUGUUUUUCCAAUCUGCCUCUGUUUUAUAUUGGUUUUCAUCCUUCAUGCUAUUUUCUUGUAAUUGCUGGAAGGUUGCUGCUGUACCACAUGUCAUGCCCAUGUUCAAGACAGGAAAAAACUAUAGGAAAUGACCUGUGCUAGCUAUGUGUAUAUUCCCUUUUAUGAGAAAAACAAAGCUUUUUCCAAAAAUUCCAAAGGAUUUCCCUUCCCCAUAUUUGCCUGGCCUGUUAAAUGACUACUUCUAACUGCAAAGGAGACUAGGUUCAUAGCUGGCCCAAGUAAAAUGAAAAUUAACAAAGAGAAAUUAUGUUGAGAAAAUAAUGCCCAUCACAUUGUCAUGUCCUUUAAGUAUUAGUUAAAGGAAUGUAUUGAUGUUAAAUAUCUAAAAGAAUGGGCUGUGGCAGGCAUCUGUCAUUUCCUUUUUGGCUGCGUAAUAUCCCAACUACCGUCUUUAAGGAAUCCCUCACCAAAUGAGGUGGAGCCUUUAUCCCACCUAAGUGUCAGAUAUGUUUUCCCAACCUGAUUUACAGGUAGGGAAGAUCUACCUUAAACUUUAAAGUUAGUGGUAAAACGAAACAGGAAACUAUGGCAGAAUCCUUUGAAAAUGUUGACCAACAACAAUGACUUUUACAUUAGCUCCACAAAGGAGCAGCAAGAUCAACUUUUCUUUCAGUGACAAAAACUCAGUAUCUAGUGUCAACAGAUUGGUACUUGAAUCUGCAGUGUCUGCCCAACAGUGGAGACUGGAGUCUUCACUGAAGCAAUUCUCUGAUAUCACUGGAGACUAUAACUUCCAGCUCUGGUUUCCUGAUUGGCCUGGAGAUCUUACUGCCUCCCUCUCCCAAUCCCCACCCCAGGGCCAAGGACUGAACCUGGGGCCUUGUACAUGCUAGGCAAGGGAGUGUUGUGCCACUGAGCUAAAUUCCCAACCCCGGCCUAGAGAUCUUGAGAAUUACUUUUAAUAAAACAACUUUUUGUUAAAGCUGA